AUGAACAAAGACGUCGUCUGGGCGAGAGCAUGUCUUCGUUGCCAACAAGCAAAGAUCGCUCGCCACAAUCGUUUACUCUCUAAAAAACUUCCGGUACCAGAUGCGCAUUUCGAUCACCUGGAUAUAAUCGAACCAAUGCUACCUUCACAUGGAUUCAAGUACUGUUUAACCCUAAUUGAUCGUUUCUCCAGCCAGAGGCGACCAAGGCCCACAGCAACCUUAUUCGACGCCUUAGUCAAGUUGGUCGGAACAAAACGCAUUAGAACUACAGCAUACCACCAACAAUCUAAUGAAUUAAUAGAACGCUGGUACAGAUCUUUGAAAGCAGCAAUUAUGUGUCAAGUCAACGCAGAGUGGGCUGAUGUGUUGCCAAUCGUGCUUUUGGGCCUGCAUUCCUCUUAUAAAGAAGAUAUUCAUGCAUCAACUCGACCGCGGAAGAACUCUUCGAAUUCUAGGUUCAUGCAGCGAAUUCGUCUCAUUCCUACAACUCACCAUAUACGCAACAAAUCAUUCAGAUACAAAGAUCUUCACACAUAUACGCAUGCUUUCCUAAAGAAUGACACUGUUAAAUACCCACUGGAGUGUCCGUAUUAA